AUGGAUGGUUCCAUCGCCUCGUCGUCCAACUUCUCUGCUUCCUCAUCGUCUUCGUCUUCAGCAAUCUUUCGCCCCCGCAGAUCUGACGACUGGAAUGAGUACCGAACGGUUAUUGAGCGUCUUUACCGCGACCAUCAGCUGAAACUAAGAGAUGUGAAACGAAUCAUGGAACAUGAUUAUAACUUCGUUGCAUCAGAAAAGCAAUUCAAAGACCGUUUGGCGGCAUGGCAUGUCCGAAAAAACAUCAAGGCCAAAGAAGUCCAUGUGAUGAUCCGAAAGCAGCAAAAGCGAGCUGCUCGAGGCAAGCAAACCGCGUUUCGAGUCGGAGGUCAGGAAGUCGACUCCAAACGCAUCGCUCGCUUUGUCCGUAGGUACGGUGCUUCCUGGGACAACACUCGCAAUGACUCCCAUCAGACGAGUCCUGAACCAGGUGAAAACAAAAUCGAUCCUCUUCAAAGUCCUGAACUGGAUGACAACCAAUCUUUGUCGGUGGCUACUCUCAGUCCUACUUCGACACACCCUACACCAAAGCCAGUGGAAGACCUGACGACGACUGAAGAUGUAUGGGAGGCUUUGGAUUCAUUUCAAGAUCGUCUUUUAGCCCUCGACAAGAAGCUCGAGGAGAGCAUGUCGAACUUCAUUACACCCGGAGAAGAAUGCUGA